AUGAAAUCAUAUCUUUUGUCAAACACAACAGAAAACGUUCUCUCACUGGACGAGCUGAGUUCAGACCCCGUCAGCGGAGCUCUUCUGCGUUUCGUUACCUUUGUCAAUUAUGCCAUUUUGAUCGGGGCCAUCAGCUUCGUCGGAGUCAUCUUGAAUCUUCUUAACAUUGCUGUGUUCUUCAAGCAGGGAUUUAAAGACACCAUCAAUAUUCCGUUCUUGGGGCUUGCUGUGGCGGACGUCUGCGGAUUGAUUAGCCUUAUCUGGAUGAGCAUAUGCUACAACCCGUUGAUGGUGGGCGCCCUGCCUGCCUUCAGCUUUAUUGACAUCCAACACGUCACUGCAGGCUGGCCUCACGUCUGCUUCACUCGCAUUUCCGGUUGGUUGACGGCGUUUAUCACCUUCGAGAGAUAUCUGUGCAUUGCCGUACCCUUAAAAGUGAAACGAAUUUUGACACGCAAGAGAACAAUUAUUGCUGUGGUAUUCAUCUUUCUGAUAGUUAUCGUAUCAGUGGUGCCCGUCUAUGUGGCUAUUUACAUUGCGCCGCGCCUCGAAGAAGAUGGAUCCUUAGUGUUUGGCAUUAAAUACAUUCCUGAUGGCGCUAAUCUUGAAAAUUUUUCCAUUUAUUUCAGCACCUUUCUUCAGCUGUCCUCUUUUGCUUUUGUCAUCGUUUGCACUUCAGGGCUGGUGUACAAGCUGAACAAAAAAUCAAAAUGGCGUCAGGCUACGUCGUCUGCUGGCCAAAACGAGGCCGUGUCAAACAGGGAUAAAAAAGUGGUCAAGAUGGUGAUCUCGAUGGCUGUGGUCUUCAUAGUGAGCUUUACGCCGGUGGUCAUUCACAUGGUAGCUAUGCUGUCCAAGCACGACUACAUGGUAGGAGGCCGCUACCAGAAUUUGUUCUUGCUAUGCGGGACUUUCGUCUUCAACCUUGAGGCCAUUAACUGCAGCUCUUCUCUGUGCAUCUACCUGAAGAUGAGCUCUCAGUUCAAAGCAGUCUUUCUGUCACUCUUUGGGUUUAAAGAUAGGAGCAAGACCAAAAUACAACGACACCAAAGUAUUAAAUUACCAUCAAGCGGUGAAACGUUAUGA